AGCACUGGUCUGUUCGGACGACAGUUUAAAUCUGUUAAUUUAAUAAUCAGUGUAAACAAACUUACUGAAGACAAUGUUUUAUUGUUUUUGAUGUAAGAAAUCUACAAAGUGUUCCAAAUGGAACCCUCAAAAGAGGCGAUCACUGUUCGAAUUACACGAUUAAAUAGACAGAUUAUUGGCAAAGUGACCAGUGGUACUAGUAAACAUAAUAGAAAAGUAGAUCGUGAAACAUUAUUAGACGCUUUAACAGUUUUGUAUGAUGAGUGUAAUGAAGACCCCGUUAAAAAAUGCGACGAGCUUGUACGAACAUUCUUAGAUAAAUAUCGAAGCACACUAGCUGAUUUAAGGAGAGCGCGUGUCUGUAUUUCGGAUUUUGAUAUUAUUCACGUAAUUGGCCGUGGUCAUUAUGGGGAGGUGCAUUUGGUGCGUGAAAAACAGACAGCUGAUGUCUAUGCUCUUAAAAGUAUUCGUAAGGAACAGGCACGGAAGCGAGUGUCGGGAGCAGAAGAUGAACGAGACAUUUUAGCAAAUGCUUCGGGGCACUGGAUACCCCGUCUACAAUAUGCUUUUCAGGAUAACACAAAUCUUUACCUUGUAAUGGAAUUGUGUAAUGGUGGGGAUUUAGCUGGUUUACUUAGUCGUCGUAAUAACCCACUGUCAGAGCGUGAUGCAGCUUUUUAUAUUGCAGAAGUCGCUCAUGCACUUAAAACUCUGCAUGGUAUGGGCUAUGUACACAGAGAUGUUAAGCCGCAGAAUAUAUUGUUGGACAGAUGUGGGCACGUGAAGCUGGGUGACUUUGGGUCAUGUGCACGUCUGUCGGAGGGCGGCUGCGUAACGGGCGCCACAGCGGACUACGUGGCGCCGGAGCUGCUGGGCGUGGACUGCUCUGCCGCGCACUCUGUGUGUCUCGAGUACUGCCGCCGGGUUAACACGGCCAUUUCUGCUUGUGAUUACUGGUCACUGGGUGUAGUGGCAUUCGAGCUUGUGACCCUCAACAGACCAUUUUCCUCUGGAGACGAUGAUUCCGUAGCUCAAAUUCUAAGCAACAUACAAAAGUACGAACGCGAUCCAAACUCGGAACCGCCUUUUGAGCCUCUUCCGAACGGUCCGUCGAACACGUGGCGAGCGCUCGUGGCGGGCCUGUUGCGGGUGGCUCCUGCGCGGCGCUACAACUACCUGGACACGCUGCAGCACCCCGCGCUAUCACACCUCGCCUUGCAUGCCAUUCGGGACCAGGUACCACCCUGGGUGCCGCACCUACGGGGCCCUGAAGAUGCUACGUUUUUGGCUAGUCCCGCGCGAGAAGUCGUCCCUGCUUCCGCUGCGCCCUUCCGAACUCGUCCUCCCUUUGCUGGACACCUGCCAUUCGUCGGAUACUCCUACGUAGCUCAAGAGGAAAAUGAAGAUAUCAGUGGCGGUUUCAAUGCGUCCCACGACUGUACAGCUAUCAAUUUGGCUACUUUCAAAUCGGCGGAAAAGCUAGCAGCGAUGCGAGGCCGCGAGGUCGCCUCGCUGCAGAGCAAGCUGGCGGCCGCUGAGGCAGCCUCCGGCGCGGCGGCGGAGCGCGCGCGCCGCGACGCCGACGCCGACGCCGAGCGGGUGCGCGCCAAGCUGCAAGCAGAGAUCACCGCGCUCACUCUGCAGAACAAGCGACUGGAACGUCAAGUUGAAGUAGAAAAGGAGGAGCGCAUGGCGCUGCAACGCACGAAUCAGGAAUUAAGCAGUGGUGUAAUUGAGCGCACUAACUUUGAGUUGCGCGCCGCACAGGCACAGGCUCUAGAACUGCAGUCUGAACGAGAUCUGUUAAGAGAGGACAUGGCACGCGUAGAAGCAAGAGUCAAAGAUCUACAAGUGGAGUGUAAUAGUGCUUUGGCCGCUGCAGACACGGCACGAGCGCAACAUAAACAUUACAAGGAUACGGUAGCGAAGGAGCGCGCUCUCCGCCGUCAAACUCUGAGCGGGGGAGACGCAGACGCGACGCGCCUCGCUACGGCCGAGGCGGCGGCGGCGCGGGAGCUGCGCGCGCGCCGCGACGCCGAGAGCAAGCAGGCCGCCCUCGAGCACGAGCUGCAGCGCCUGCGCGACCUCGCCGCUGACCAGGCCGACCAGCUCGCGAGCGCCAUGGAUUCUAUUAGAGAAAAGGAACGCGUAAACUCCGCUACGAACCAACAAUUAAGCGAGACUCAAGUUCAUCUAGCGCAGGAACGCAUGCGAGCCGCUGCUCUGUCAGCGCAAGUUCAGGAGCUGGAGGCGGGCGUGCAGGCGGCGGGCGCGCGCGAGGCGGCGCUGGAGGAGCAGUGCGCGCGUACCGAGGCGCGCCUGCAGCAGCGCCUCGAGGCGGCCGACGCGCGCGCCGCUUCCGCGCUGCACGACGAUGCGCGCCACCGGGAGAAGGUCACGACUCUCGAGCAGCUAGUUCGUCAGCUGGAACGCGAAGUCAACGCUCUGGAAAAUCGUACCUGCGGGAGAUGUACGGCCCACGAUGCGCAGGGCGGGGCGAAGGCGAAAGUCACGAGCGGUACCAAUACCGACGAAGCUGAGGAAGUCGACACUGCCCGCGAUAAUAGGAGCGACACGGAGAGUGUAUCGGACUCACAUUUACAAGUACAUGUGUCCCUGCUUAAGGAGCAACUCGAACGCGCCGAAGCUCAGCUACAGGCUCGUGCUGAUGAAAUAGCAGCACUACGUCAAGAAGCUAGAGCUGCUAAUUUAGCAAGAUGGCGCAAGGAAAAGGAAUAUAAUGAUUUAUCGUUGGACGCAAAAGUAACAGCCCGCGACCUAAAGAAAAUAGAAGAACGGCUCGCAUCCGCGCUAGAAGCGCGCAAGUCAGCUGAAGAUAAAGCAGGUUUGGUGCACAGAGAGAUCACAACGAUAAAACCACAGCUUGAGCAAGUGACGAGGGAAGCUGAAAAAUAUAAAGAACAGCUGGAUAAGUUGCGAAAGUCUCAUGAAGUACUUCAAGCAGAAGUAGACAGAUCUAGAAACGAUAUUCGCAAAUUAAAGAGCGAAGUACAGUACAGUGAAAAAAGACGCAUGCAUGCCGAAGAACAGGAAGAAUUAUCCUCACGUGAACGAGCGCAACUGCGGGACGAACUUGCACCACUAAAAGCCCAAAACAACGAUCUAAUUCAGAAUAACAAAGCACUACAAGAGGCAUGCGCUCUACUGGAAGAGCAACUAACCGAUCUCGAAAAGCUAACCGAUAUGCACGAGAUAAAGAAUAAUGAUCUCGAGAUUGAAACAGUUCGAUUGCGAAACGAACUGGAGACUUGUCGCGCGAAGCUGUCGGAGGCGGAGCGGCAGGCGGCGACGAGUGCGGCGAGCGCGUCUCUCGCCGAGCAGCGUGGGGAUGAAGCGCGAGAGCAGUUGCGCCUCAUUACAACACAGCUGGAAAUUAUGCGGGAAAGACUCGAGAAUCGCGAAAGCCUAGUAGAUGAGUUGGAGGCGCGCUUGGGUGCACUACAGAGCGAGGCCGCGGCGCGAGAGGCGGCCCUGGGCGGGGCGGGCAGGCGCAUGCGCGAACUGCAGGAGGAAGCGGCCGCACUGCGCACGCGCGCGCACCAACACCACGAGCACGCGCUGCAGCUGCAGGCGGCGCUGGCCGAUGCACAGGAAGAAACUGAAGCGGCACGAGAAGCGCACGCGGCAGCGACUGCAUGGUGGCGCACGCGUGAGACGAAGGCCGACGCAACGCUGCGACAACAAGCUAAACUUAUCGACUUUCUACAGGCUAAAGUGGAGGAAGCUGGUCGUAAAAAGUGUUCUCUGAGUAACAAGCUGUUUGGACGUUCGGGACGACGCGCUGCUGCCUCGCCGCCACUACUCAGAGUUAACCGUGAGUUAAGGGAAGAAGUGGAACGUUUGAGAGCCAAGCUUGCGGCUGCAAAUGCUAACAAUGAAGCGAAUUUCCCACCUACACCUAGACGAGAGCGAAGAGAUAAUAAACCAAAAAAAAUUGUAAAUGGAUCACAUGACUUGCAUGCUUCAGAUGGAAAUGACAAUUCUCUACUUAUAAUAUGGCCGGAUGGUUCGCGCGAGCGCAUGCAAGCGCGCUGCUCCGAACACGCGCUACUGCUGAGUAGCGGCGAGCGCACCGUGCGCGCGCGGCUGCUGGCGGCGGACGCUCGCAACCUGCCGCACAACGAAGCCAACCGAGCUUUCAUGGUAAAGUUAGAGUACAGCGACCGCGCUGAAGCAGCGGUAGUAUGUUCGAGUAUUGCGGAACGUUCCCGCUGGAUUGAAUUACUCACUCCCGUCGGGUCCGUGGGCUACGAAGCUGCAGUGAUGCUACAAUGUCGAUUACAACCAACAUCAACUCUCUACGCUGCGACUAAUGCAAUCGCAAUAGGUCGCCCUGAUGGUCUACACUCGCUGCGCGGGCCUAUACGUCUCGAGUGGAACUCGGAUGUGUCUCCCCCACGCAGAGCCCAGCCCGACGCCGUGGAAUUGCUAUGUGCGGCAGGAGGACGCGCUCUACUCCUGAGCAGCGGUCUGCUUGCACACGCGGGUCUGCUCGCAUUCACCUCGGCUUUGCAACGCGCCACUGCUCUCAGACCUACCGUCGCUCUCAGCCGAGUACAACUACCUGAUAACACGACACCUCAUUUAAUUAAAGGUAUAGUUGAUGCGUUCGAUGGAAUUUGUGCGGCAGUUGCAUGUGGGCGACGCGUUUUUCUCCUUCGAUUCGAUGCAGCUAACACCGAGUUCAAGAUAGCCCGAUCCCUCACCAUCGAUCGACCGCCUUAUUCUAUUCUCCUCACGAGUCAAGUAUUAUAUAUAUCAGGAGAAAAACCUCUUAAGGUUAAGCUACCGUCGGGAUCUCUGGAGUCAUUUGCAAUGGAUGAACCAAUAGUCAAUGCUGCUUUUAAGAGACACUCUCCGCCUCUGGCAAUACUGCUUAUUCGAAACGUACCAGUUGAAAUACUUCUGUGUUAUGCAGAAUGCGGUGUAUUUGUUGAUGAAAAUGGAAAACGAACUCGAAAUGAGGAUCCCAAGUGGAGUUCUUCAGUACACAGCUGGGAAUUCGUUAAUCCAUUUCUGUAUGCCAUCGGAGAAGAUAGAGUCACAAUAAUAUAUAUAAACGACGAAGUAUAUAGAUCACCACCUUGCACUUGCGACACUACUUCUAUGACAUCUAGUGCUUCAGAAUGUUAUCAGCCUGAAAUAUUCAACUACAAAGUAAAUGAACCCUCAUUAUUAGGUACAGCGCCCAAUGGUAUUGUCAUAAGGUCUAAGAUUGAAGACGAAUAUAAAAUUUCUAUCGUUGAAGGCAUGGCGGCAUUUAGAAGUAUCGGUGCUUCGUUGGAGUCUCUGAAUACAUUAUCUGAUGCGAAAGGCUCUUCAUCAGACUUAGCACAGUCUCUUGUUGAUCUAUCACCACAAGACGAAUCUCAGGAGAGCGUAGAAGUGACUACGGGAUUUUUGGCAGAUAUAAGGAACAGAGCGCGACAGUUACGAAUGAAAAAUCGUGAAGAAGCAACAUCGGAUGAUGUCAUAAAAGAAAUUUUGACUACCGAAGUUGGAUUAAAACGAACUUCUAAUGGUAGAAAAUCUCCAGCGGUUAUUUCAGACUAUGAGACUGAUAGUGAGCUUGACAGCGAAGAGGGUACUGGCUCUACAAAAUGUACAGCAGACGUGUGUGCAGAAAUGUUUACGAGACAGGUUCGCUUCCAAUAAUUGCACACUUAUUAUAAUAAAAUAAUUUUACUUGUGUACUAAAUGUACAGAGACUAUUAUGUCACAUUAAACAUAAUAUUAUAGUCAUUAUACAUAUGUAACUUUAUUGUUAGUAACAUUAACAGUACUUAAGUAUUAGUAUUACAAUGUUUUAUUUAAAAACAAGUACCC